CUGUUCUUUGGAUUUGGGUGGCUGUUCUUCAUGCGUAAGCUCUUCAAGGAUUAUGAGGUGCGACAGUAUGUGGUCCAGGUGAUCUUCUCUGUGACUUUUGCCUUCUCUUGUACUAUGUUUGAACUCAUCAUCUUUGAGAUUUUGGGGGUCCUGAACAGCAGCUCUCGAUAUUUUCACUGGAAGCUGAACCUGUGUGUCAUUUUGCUCAUCCUGGUCUUCAUGGUACCCUUCUACAUUGGUUACUUUGUUGUGAGCAAUAUCAGAUUAUUGCACAGACGGAAACUGCUUUUUGCAUGUGUUCUGUGGUUGACAUUCAUGUAUUUCUUCUGGAAGUUGGGAGAUCCAUUUCCUAUCCUCAGCCCAAAACAUGGAAUCCUGUCUAUAGAACAGCUCAUCAGCCGUGUGGGUGUGAUUGGGGUGACACUCAUGGCUUUGCUGUCAGGAUUUGGGGCUGUCAACUGUCCGUACACUUACAUGUCCUACUUUCUCAGGAAUGUGACAGAUGCAGAUAUUCUGGCUUUGGAACGACGACUCCUUCAGACUAUGGACAUGAUUGUUAGCAAGAAAAAAAGGAUAGCAGUGGCUCAUAGAACAAUGUUCCAGAGAGGAGAAGUGCAUAACAAACCCACUGGCUUCUGGGGAAUGAUAAAAAGUGUUACAACAUCUGUUGCAGGCAGUGAAAAUCUGUCCCUUAUCCAGCAAGAAGUGGAUGCCCUAGAAGAGCUGAGUCGGCAGCUUUUUCUGGAAACUGCUGACUUGCAUGCAACAAAGGAGAGAAUAGAGUACUCCAAAACUUUCCAGGGAAAAUACUUUAAUUUUUUGGGUUAUUUUUUCUCCAUCUAUUGUGUCUGGAAAAUCUUCAUGGCAACCAUCAAUAUUGUAUUUGAUCGUGUGGGGAAGACUGAUCCAGUCACAAGAGGAAUUGAGAUCACUGUAAAUUAUCUGGGAAUCCAGUUUGAUGUGAAAUUCUGGUCUCAGCACAUUUCCUUUAUUCUUGUUGGAAUAAUCAUUGUUACCUCUAUCAGAGGGUUGUUAAUCACACUUACAAAGUUCUUCUAUGCCAUUUCCAGCAGCAAGUCCUCCAACGUUAUUGUUCUGCUUUUAGCACAGAUAAUGGGUAUGUACUUUGUGUCAUCAGUGCUCCUGAUCCGGAUGAGUAUGCCUCUAGAGUAUCGCACUAUUAUUACAGAAGUCCUGGGAGAGCUCCAGUUCAACUUUUAUCAUCGUUGGUUUGAUGUGAUAUUCCUAGUUAGUGCACUGUCCAGUAUCCUCUUUCUCUAUUUAGCACACAAACAAGCCCCAGAAAAGCAUAUGGCCCUCUAAAUAAGGACUGCAGUCACGCACUACUCUGUCCUUUCAACUGCACUGCUGCAACUCCUGUGGACUGCAAAACUUGAAGAGAGCCAGGACUAUUCUGUGUGUCCCAGCAGUGUAACUGGCUCUUUGAACUUCCACGCAUGUCAUCAUCAAGCCCUGUGGCUCAUUUUGUUAAAGUGCCACAGCUUGAAGGAAAGGGAAUGCACGUAUUGAAUGUGAAAUAGUUCAUUGCCAAGAAAUAAGGGCACUCCUUGGUACGCCAGUAUCUAGGGGCAUCGGAACUUGCAUAGUAGGCAGUAGGAGGUAAGACCUUACUGUUAGAAGAACAUCUUCAUAGGAGGCACCAAGGAAAUGUGAUUUUUCUUUUGAAAAUCAACUCAUAAUUGGGAUUCAGAGGAUGGCAAUUCUGGAGCUGAAUGUUUAAAUCUGUGGAAUUAAAUAAGCUUUU